GAGAAAAGAAAACGAGAAAGAGAGCUUAAACCCUAAACCCUGGCCCUGAUAAGUUCCACUAUCACUUCCACACCAUUGCUGAGAACACGUGAAGAGAAAAACAGGAAAAACAGCAGCAAUGGUGAAGGCGUAUCUCCGGUAUGAGCCGGCGUCGUCGUUUGGGGUAAUAGUAUCGGGGGAGUCAAACAUCGCCUACGACAGCUCCGGCAAACACUUGUUAACGGCGGCGUUAGAGAAAGUCGGCGUAUGGCAUGUGAGGCAGGGUGUUUGCACCAAAAACCUAGCUCCUCCUUCGUCUAACUCGAAAGGCCUCUCCGUUGCCGUUACUUCAAUUGCUUCCUCUUCUUCAUCCCUUAUAGCAAGUGGUUAUGCUGAUGGAAGCAUUAGAAUCUGGGAUUUGGAGAAAGGGAUAUGUGAAACCACACUGAAUGGGCAUAAAGGGGCUGUCACUGCCCUUCGAUUCAAUAAGCUUGGAUCAUUGCUUGCAUCAGGAAGCAAAGAUAAUGACAUUAUUUUAUGGGAUGUGGUGGGUGAGUCUGGUCUGUUUCGCCUUCGGGGACAUCGCGAUCAGGUUACUGAUCUUGUUUUCUUGGAUUCUGGCAAAAAGCUGGUAACAGCUUCUAAGGACAAAUUUUUGAGGGUAUGGGAUCUUGAUACUCAACAUUGCAUGCAGAUUAUAAGUGGCCAUCAUACUGAAAUUUGGUCCAUAGAUAUUGACCCUGAGGAAAGAUAUCUUGUCACUGGUUCGGCUGACCUUGAGCUUCGUUUUUACACUAUAAAGCAUGAUUCAGCUGAUGGACAAUUGAUUGCAAACAAAAGUGAAACUGAUGUAAAUAAGGACUUGCCUACUGAAAACAAAUGGGAAGUAUUAAAGCCAUUCGGUGAAAUUCAACGUCAAAGCAAAGAUAGAGUUGGAACAGUGAGAUUUAAUAAGUCCGGAAACCUGCUGGCUUGUCAAGUUGCAGGGAAGACGGUGGAAAUAUUCCGUGUGCUGGAUGAGUCUGAAUCUAAACGCAAAGCAAAAAGAAGAAUCAGUAGAAAGAAGGAGAAAAAAGCUGCCAAAGAAGGCCUUGAGGCAACGGAAAAAGGAGAGACAGAUAUUGGAGCUGAAGAAGGCAGCAAUCCUGUUGUUACAGUCAUGGAUAUCUUCAAGCUUCUUCAGACUCUACGGGCUGGAAAGAAGAUCUCCUCAAUUUCUUUCUCCCCAGUCACUUCAAAGAACUCACUGGCUACAUUAGCACUGUCUUUGAACAAUAAUUUGUUGGAAUUUCAUGCUAUAGAAAGCAGUUCAACUACUAAAUUGAGUGCUAUUGAGCUUCAGGGGCAUCGCUCUGAUAUCAGAAGUGUUACUCUCAGCUCAGAUAACACUCUUUUGAUGACAACUAGUCACAGUGCAAUUAAAAUAUGGAACCCUACUACUGGUUCUUGCCUCCGCACUAUUGAUUCAGGAUAUGGUCUUUGUGGACUGUUUGUUCCAGGUAACAAGUAUGUGGUCGUCGGUACAAAAGGUGGUACUCUGGAAUUUAUUGACGUUAGAAGCGGUACUUGUGUGGAUGUAGUGGAAGCCCAUGGCGGUUCUGUUCAGUCGAUUGCUUUAACUCCAGAUGGUACAGGUUUUCUUACUGGCAGUGCCGAUCAUGACAUUAAAUUCUGGGAAUUCCAAAUGGUACAAAAGGCUGGUGAAGGGUCUAAGCAUUUAACCGCAUCUGCUACAAGGAGCUUAAAAAUGAAUGAAGAUGUUCUAGUCGUUGCUGUGAGCCCUGAUGGUAAAUAUAUUGCUGUUGCCUUGUUGGAUAGCACAGUAAAGGUCUUCUAUAUGGAUUCACUCAAGUUCUUUCUUUCACUCUACGGUCAUAAGCUGCCUGUAUUGUGUAUGGAUAUUUCUUCAGAUGGGGAUCUGCUUGUCAGUGGCUCUGGAGACAAAAAUGUGAAGAUUUGGGGUCUAGAUUUUGGAGAUUGCCAUAAGUCACUUUUUGCGCAUGCUGAUAGCGUUAUGGGAGUUAAGUUUGUGCGCAACACCCAUUACUUUUUCACUGCGGGGAAAGAUCGUCUGGUGAAAUACUGGGAUGCUGACAAGUUUGAGUUGCUUUUAACCCUCGAAGGUCACCAUGCUGAAGUCUGGUGUCUUGCUGUUAGCAACCGUGGUGAUUUUAUUGUUACAGGAUCUCAUGAUCGGUCCAUACGCCGAUGGGAUCGUACUGAAGAACCAUUUUUUCUUGAGGAAGAGAAAGAAAAGAGACUGGAAGAGAUGUUUGAAUCAGACAUUGACAAUGCAUUUGAGAAUAAGUAUGGACCAAAGGAAGAACUUCCCGAGGAGGGAGCUGUGGCAUUAGCGGGGAAAAAGACUCAAGAGACUCUUACUGCUACAGAUUCUAUCAUUGAUGCACUUGACAUGGCCGAAGCGGAACUGAAACGAAUUGCUGAACAUGAGGAGGACAAAUCAAAGGGCAGAGUUUCAGAAUUCAGGCCCAAUGUUCUCAUGCUUGGUCUUUCUCCUUCUGAUUAUGUUCUUCGUGCAUUAUCGAGUGUUCAUACUAAUGAUCUGGAGCAAACAUUGCUGGCUUUACCCUUUUCUGAUGCUUUGAAGCUCUUGUCGAACCUGAAGGAUUGGGCAUGUAUCCCAGAUAAGGUGGAACUUGUUUGUAGGAUAGCGACAGUGCUAUUGCAACUUCAUCAUCACCAGCUGCUUUCAACUGUCUCUUCCAGACCCCUCUUGACCGUUCUAAAAGAAACUCUUCAUGCAAGAGUUAAGGAAUGCAAAGAUGCCCUCGGUUUCAACCUUGCUGCAAUGAAUCAUCUCAAGCAAUUGAUGUCUAUGAGUUCGGAUGCUCUAUUUCGUGAUGCAAAGGCUAAGUUAUUGGAGAUACGUGCACGCAACACAAAACGUAUUGAAGCAAGGGCAGACACAAAACAAGAAAAGAAGAGAAAGAAGAAACAGAAGAAGUUGGAUGGAGGACAUGUUUGGUCAUGAUUUAUAACCUCAACCUCACUUGUACCUUAUUGUGGGGGUAACAAUUUUGGUCAGACAGCUUCAGCAAAUAGGGUUUGAGUUUUGAUACAAAAUUUGUAUAUAAUUUUGUUAGAGUUAUAAGAACGUUAUAGCCCUAACUAGUUUAUUACACCAAUCAUAUUACUUUCUUAAAUGACAAGAGCUUUGUCCUGAUGCUAGUCCUUGCUGCCUGAAAGUAGAAAAUUUAAUUAGUCAGGUUUAGAAGAGAAGUUUGGAUUCUCAUUAGCAGCCUGAUUUUUGAAGUUCAUUACACGUUCUAUCUAUUUUUGGCAGGUUAAUUGCUGCAACAAAUUAAGGUGAUUUGAUAUUUUUA